AUGGACACCACCUUCAUCUCCAUCCACAGCCUCGAGCACGAUGCGCGCAUUCUCUACACCUCCGACUCCAUCAUCGACAUCCUCGGCUACACCCCCGAUGAUGUCGUCAAUCGUUCGGCAUGGGAGUUCUUCCACGAAGAGGAGCUCCCUUACGUCCGCGAAUUCCACCGAAAGAGAGUGUCUCAAGACAAGGCGGCCGUGUUGGCGUACUGCAGCGUGAAGAAUGCCGAGGGACAGUGGAUUGGCUGCGAGUGCUGCUUCACCAUCGUUUACGACGUGAUGGUGGUGUGCACAAGUGUCUACAAGCGGAGCGUAAACAGCCAGAAACGAGCGCUGGAGGCACCUAUUGUGCGGCAAAUAUUCACAUCGUCGCCGGCAGACCCGCGCUACCACAUGUUGUCGCAUAUGUCGGCCAAAUUCGCGCAACCUGCCAAGUUUCAGCUCCACGAACCCCGUGCCGCGUUGUUUCUCAACCGCUUCACGAGAACGCUCACCAUCAUGUAUGCGACCAGUGGCAUUCAAGAAAUCCUUGGCAUCCCCUCCGCCAAUCUUCGCGGCCGGAGCUUCUAUUACUGCAUCGCGGAGAAUUGCCUUGCCGAUGCCAUCAAAUGUCUGGAGAGUGCGAAGAGCAACGAUUCCAUCGCAUACCUACGCUUCUGGUUUCGAGACCCUCGGCAAGAUGAUUCCUCUGCGCCCUCUAAUAACGACAGCGACGAGGAUAUGACCGAGAUUGAAGAGCUCACUGCCACCGAUACGAGCGUUGACGACGAGUCAACAGCGCGGGGCAGCGAAGGCUCGCCUCCAAGCGAGAGUCCGGCCGUCGGCCGAGCCCCAACCGCAAUGGAGGUGGAUGACGAGAUGUUGAAGCCCGAGUCGAGCAACUCCCCCGACGAAAGCAACAGAGACACCCACGAAGCAAUCUUUGGCGACACUCUACUCGCCGAAUCCUCAUCAUCCUCCAUGGCGGCAUCGCCAGAGAUCAACCCGCGCGGUUCAAGCGAGCCCGUCGAAUUAGAAGCCGUCAUCUCCUGCACCUCGGACGGCCUGGUGGUAUGUCUGCGCAAAGCAAGACCCAUGAUCCCCCAUCCGACCUCACAUCGUCCAUCUAAACCCGUCUACGCCGACGGCCUCUUCGCCGCCCCGUGGGCCAGCGAUCCCAUCAUCCCACCCAUCGAGUCCCGACCAGGCCAUGGCUUCGGCACUACCUUCGCCCCGUCUCUCAGCCCACAAGGCGCGCAGCACAACAACCUCUCCCCGACCCGAAGUCCGUUCGAUCACAGCGACUUCAUGGGCGCCAUUCGCGAUCAAGCCAUCUUUGCCUGGGGUGUUACGGGCAUUAAUGGUGCCCUGGCGGAUGUUGGGGCGCGGGCAGCCCGUCGGCGCCGCUACGCCGGAGCAGGGCUAUCCGGUCUGGGCCAGCGAUCCGCAGCGCUUGGGCAAGGGUCUGCAUAG